AUUAGUGCGAAUCAUUGCUUUAAAAUUAAAUAAAAUGAUAAAUAUCCCGUCUCCGGAUGUAGCCAAGAUGAAAGAAUGUCUGUUGUGUGAACUGGGCACAAGAUUCGGGGACAUUGAAAAACAUCCCGUCAUUAAUCAAGCAGUACUGCUGGAUCCUAGAUUCAAACAGCAGGGUUUUGGUAAUGACGAUAGACGUAAAGAUGCCUGUAAGGCUUUAAAAGAAAAAGUGAGAUCGAUGACUGCCAUCUCAUCGACUUCAGGGGUUGCUGAAUCUAAUGAAUCUGCUGCACAAUCGACUCCGUCGACUUCGACCGCUUCCUCGUCGUUGUGGUUUGAAUUUGAAGAGGAAAAUAAAAAGUUAACGGGCGAUACCAACCCCACGGUGGUCAGCAUUAUUGAGGUGGACAAAUACUUAGCGGAACCACUUCUUCCCCGCCAUUUGAACCCGUUAACUUGGUGGACCGAACGACGGGCGAUUUACCCACAUUUAUAUGAGCUGAUGACCCGAAGGCUAUGUAUAAUGGCGACUUCAGUCCCGUGUGAACGUGUGUUUUCGACGGCGGGCCAUUUAUUCAACGAAAAAAGGACCCGGCUGAAGUCGUCAAAAUUAUCAGAACUAAUUUUUCUACAGAAAAAUUUAGAAUAAAAGUUU